AAGGACAGCGGGAUAACUAUAAGAGAUCACCCAGGAAAUUGGGAACUGAUGAUCUAGAAAAUAACUCGGAACUACAGGAGUAUCAAGGAGUAAUGGGACGUCCAGGUGUUGACUUUCCAAUAUUGCCAUCUAUACCUCGUACUGAUUUCAGCUGCAAGAAGGUGAAGAAACCUGGUUACUACGCAGAUCCCGAAACUGACUGCCAGGUAUUUCACAUUUGCGAUAAUGGAAGGAAAGUAUCAUUUUUGUGUCCAAAUGGUACGGUUUUCCGUCAAUCACAUUUAAUUUGUGACUGGUGGUUCCGUGUGGAUUGUGAAAGAUCGAUUGAAUUAUAUGAAGAGAGUGCAGAACAGCUUGCAUCUGACCAGCGGAUUUUUAAAGAGCGUGCUGAAACAUUGGCCAAAGCUAUGUUAAAAGUACAAACAACAACACAAACAAGUGAUAGUGAUCGCGUUGUAACAGAACGAUCGUUUGGUCCGAGUACAACUAUUUUCAAUUCCGAAAGUAGACUGCCUGACCGUGCCAGAUACUUUAGUGACUAUUCAAGAGACGAAAAUCAAGUUCCAGCUGAGACGGGUUCAUUUGCUGGAAAACAGUUGCAAACUAAUUUCAAUCAUUACUAUUCACAGUCCAAAUCACCUACACAAAACUGGAAUCAAGAAAAUUAUCAAACACAAUCUUCGACAACAGCACAGCCGAUYUGGAAUAACAACUAUCCAAGCAAUACUUAUCAAGCACAGUCUACAAUAACUGUACAGCCUACCUGGAACCAGGUUGCUAAUAACAUUCAUCAAACUAGCUCUUAUCAAUCACCAUCUGUAACGACUGAACAGCCAACCUGGAACCAAGCUGCUAAUAACAAUUAUCAAUCUAGUUCUUACCAAUCACCAUCUGUAACGACUGCACAGCCGUCUAUCGUUCAAGGUAUCAAUAAUUUCCAAUCUAGUUACCAACCACAAUUUACCACUAGUGCUCAAUCGGUUCAAGGGGUCACCAGUUCACAAGUAACCUACCAACCACAACCAACUACUGUUGUGUCUAAAACAAACUGGAACCAAGGUAACAUUAAUUAUCAAGCCGGAAAUUAUCAAACACAACCUACCACAGCAGCAACUCAAAUUAACUGGAAUAAUAAUGGUAACAACGGUUAUAAAACUAACAACUAUCAAUCUUAUGCACCUUCAACAACACCACCGAAUUGGAGCCAAGGUAGUAGUAGCAACUACCAAUCUGAAAAUUAUCAAUCACCGUUCACAACAGUAGCCGCUCAAGCUAACUGGAAUAAUCAGGGUUCCAAUAAUUUACAAACUGAAAAUCAUCAAACAUCACCAUCAACAACAUCGACACCAGUAAACCGGAAUAACGAAGGUUCUAACCACUUUGGGAAACAAGUGACGACUGCCGCGCCACAAACUAACUGGAAUGGAGCUAUCAAUAAUUUCCAAUCAAAUAACUACAACUCUCAACCAAUAACAACGAUACAACCAGAUUGGAACCAAGAGUCUGAUACUGUUCAGCCCAAUCUUUUCGAAACUCAACAAUCUUAUCAACAACAGACUACUAUUUUUCCAGCCGAUAAUGAACAAACCAUCCCAGCCAAGGAAAGCCAAGUACCCGCAGAAUCAGCUUCAUUUGUAGGCCACCAAAACUCGCCUCGUUUUAAUUUUCAACCAGAUAAUUACUACACACAAGCUCCUCAGACAAAUGUACCACCUACCGCGUAUCCGGUAACAAGUUCUUAUACAAAUGAUUAUUCACCAAAUGGAGCUUUUUCCUUUGUUGAAUAUCAAAGAUCACCCGAUACUCCUAUCGUUAGAGAUAGCUCAACUCAAGCUUCUCCGGUUAUGACGACGGUAGUGGACUAUUUGGUAGAUAAUUCCACAUUACCACCGACCGGAGAGACAUUAAUCCCAAAUAUGAUAAACUCAUUACAAUCAUUAACAGAUAAUAAUCUARUUUUUGACUUGGACGGGCAAAACACUUAUCCUUCACAAACGAACACCGACGAUGAACUGAAUUCCGUCGCAUUGUAUUUUAAUAAUGUAAAAACCCCACAAGUGACUACURUUGCUAGUGACUUGCAGUUUAAUCAUGUUGAACAAACUUCCAGAGCAUACACCAAUGGGAUAAGUUCAACUACUGUUGAUUCGGUCAAAACUACUACACCGGUUGAUACUUUACAUAUACCUGCAGUUUUGACGAAAAAUACAAAAGAUGCAUAUGAUAAGCUUUUCAGAAAUGAUACCACCAAAGAACCAAUGGUYGCCUUAAAGAUAGCAGAUACUAGUAAGCCUGUAACCAAUCCUACUAACUCUGUGAACCUAGGAUUUGCUCAGGGAUUGAAUAUAAACCGUUCGUCGGCGGAAUUGAGAGAACUGGCUGCAGUAUUUACGCGUGCUUUAACUGCAUAUUUGGACGAUCCAGAGAAUUUCCGUAAAAUACUAGCUGAAGUAAGACCUACGGAACCAUCAAGUAUCAAGACUAGCGUUACCGAAGAACAAGAAGUAUUGGAUUUUUCUGAUGAUUCAAAGCAUCAACGAGGGAAACCCACAGAACCAAGAACACUGAGACCAAAUUUAGCAGCUGAAAUAAAUGGUAUGACACAAAGUAUCAAUGCACUAACAGAUUUAUCAACCAUUAUUCCACAAUACACCUCAUCGCCAUUAAUAGAAAUCACAUCGAAGUAUACUGAAACACCGAAUGCUGGUCUACAAGAAUAUGCACCACUAGAAGAUAGCGAACAGCUACAAUUAGCCGGAAGUCAUUCGUUUUAUUCAAGCAGAGAUAAUAGUAUUCAAACGGCAAAAACUCUAAAACCAGCUGCAUCCACGUUGUCAUGGACAGUGUCUCCUUUAAUAGACACUGAGCCGGACAUAAAAUCUACUACUCUAUCACCAGUGUUCUUCACUACCCCCGCUGAAGGCUUAGAAACUACUGUAAUUGUACAAAGGGCUAAAGAAAUGUUCAGUCAUUUGAAUGCAUCUGAAGCAGGAGUAUUGAUGAAUGUUAUGAAAACUGCUCAAGUUAAUGAUACAGUUAAAAGAUUGGUUUUACUGUUGGUCAAUGACUCGAACAAAGAGAAUAGCCCCGAGCAGACUAGAAACAAUUUAAUCGAAGCAUUAUUGGACAAUAGGAGUACUGAUCAAGCAUAUGAUGUCUCGUCAUCAUCUCCAACAUCUACUUUUUUGCCAUCGUCGCCAUCAGGAAUUCCAUUUGGUCAGAGACUACAGGAAGAUGGUUCACCGGUACUGGACGGACAGUAUAAGAAAUCUAGAAAAGGAACUAGGAGAAGAGUUGUGCACAGGAGUAGGUCAACCCCCGUUCCCACCACCCCAAUGACACCAAACACUUGGCAGGGAGCUAACGAUGUAGGUCCGGGGCUGAGUGAUGAUUCUGACGCCCGAGCAGUUGAACUCCUCAAGUCUCUAUACUCGAUCGCAUCCAAAUGGUCGUAGUUGGACAUUUAUCCAUCGAUGGUAUUUCCAUUCCGCCUGUGUCAUAACCGUGUAAAAAUCAAAUUAUUUACGAAUUGUCUUCAUAAUAUUUUUAUAUAAGUAUUUUAUAUAUUGUAGUCAGUUCGGGAUUAAAAAAAAAUGAUCAAAUUUGAUAAAUCAUAAUAAUCAGAAAAAAAUAAUUAAAUGUCACAGUUCAUACACAAUUGAGUCUACAUCAUGAUUAUAUUUCUGAUUUUUCUUUACAUAAAACAUUAAAUGCUCAACUUUAAUCAUGGCCAAACAGUGGCKCUGAUCCCUAAUAAAAUUUAUUUAUGUCAUAGUAGAUUUUUUAAAUGGGGAGGGAACUGGCUGURAAGUACUAUAACCAGGACUUACGUCAAAACUAUAAAACGUAAAAAUAAAUGUUUAAAAUUUGCAUUACCUAUAUGUAUGUGCUUUUAGUUGCAUCUGGUGAUUAAAUUUAAAAAGGUGGAUGAUAGGGGGAAUGGACCUCUUGAUGUAAAGUGUAAUAGUAUAUUUUAAACACUUCAGCGCCACUGUAGCCGACUAGCUAUAAUUUUUGAUAAUUCAAAAAUUUAAAUUUAAUUGUGACAAGAAAAUUAGUCGAAGAUUACUGAUUCAAUUUUGAUUUUCAACUCUUCAAAUAUUGUUUACAAAAUGCAUGACCCUAAKGAGGAUAAUUGACUAUCUUUUAUAAUACUCGUAAUAAUUGUCUUGGUGACUAUAAUUUAAAGUUAAUAUUCGAAUGAAAUAUUUCUAAAUUUCAUACAGGAUGAGCUAUAAAAAUAUCGUGAGAUAUUGUUUAACCAAAAUCAUAACGCACUAUUUAAACUAAUUUUACUAUUAUGAUGAAAAAUAACAUCAAUAAUUCAACAUUUAAAAUUUACUACGGUUGCAGUAAUUUUCAACAGACUAUAGUCAGUAAUCUUCCAUAACGGUCACUGUACCUAAUUAUAAUUAAAUUAUGUCGAUUUAGCGUUUAGAAGUAAGUUGCCAUCGCCUAGUACAGCAUAUUAUUAAUUGUAAAUGUCUCGACAAUAUACGCAUAAUGUAAUUUGACUCUAGUCCUCGGCGAAUCGGCGUGUUACUGUUUUAGGCUUACCUAAGACUUAUGCACGUUGUAUAUAUGUUGUAUACAUAUGGUAUUAUAUAAUUUUGCUCAUAUAUCAAAAGUAGAUUUCUGUUAAGAUUCAAUUUUAAUUUAAUUAUCAACUGCAUACAAUUGAUAUUGUACAAUGUAUGUAUUUUUGAUAUUUAUAU